AUGGCCAUGUGCCUCAAUUCGAAGAAAGUGAAGGCCUUCGCACGGGUCAAGCCCACGGCCGACUUUCCUCAAGAUGUCAUCAAAUUUGGAGCCGACAACAAGACGAUCGAGGUUCACAUCGAGCGGGAUCGUUCCAAAGGCAUUGUCAACAACAAGGUGACCGACUGGUCGUUUAAGAUGGACGGCGUCCUCUACAACGCGUCGCAAGACCUGGUUUACGAUACGGUCGCCAAAGAGCUCGUCUCACAGGCCCUGAACGGCUAUAACGGGACCAUCAUGUGCUACGGGCAGACUGGAGCCGGCAAGACCUUCACCAUGACGGGGACCACCGUAAACUUCAAGCACCGGGGGAUCAUCCCUCGGGCUAUCCAGCAGGUGUUCAAGUCCAUGGAGAAGCAUAGCAAUCAGUUUAUCACCGUCCGGAUUUCUUACCUGGAGAUUCACAAUGAGGUCAUCUCGGACCUCCUCCCCUCCCUCGGCUCAGAGAGCGACCUCCCGUUGUCCAUAGUGGAGAGCCCCCACGGGGUCUCCGUCAAGGGCCUCUCCAUCCAUCCCGCUCCCAACGAAGAAAUUGCAUUAAAUCUCCUGUUUGAGGGCGACACCAACAGAUCUGUGGGUCAGCAUGCCCUGAACAAGCAUUCCUCCAGGUCUCACUGCAUCUUCACCAUCUACAUCGAGUGUCACUCGAGGAUCGUUUCUGACGCCAGAUACGUCACUUCCAAAAUUAAUCUGGUCGACCUCGCGGGCUCGGAGAGGCUGUCGAAAAGCAAAUCGGAAGGAUUUGGGCUGAAGGAAGCGACUUACAUCAACAAAUCGCUGUCCUUCCUGGAGCAGGUGGUCAUCGCCCUGUCGGACUGCAGCCGGGACCACGUCCCCUUUCGGCAGAGCAAGCUGACGUACACUUUGAAGGAUUCCUUGGGUGGGAAUUGCAACACUGUCCUUGUGGCUAACAUCUGCAGUGAGUCCAUCCACAUCGUGGAAACGCUCAAUCGUUCUCCCGUGACCUACGAGCCUCUGAAUGAAAUCCAGAUCAACGAAAUCAACUCCCAGGUCCGCCGAUUCCUGGAGGGAACCAUUGAUGAGUUAGAUAUCACGAGCAUCCGUCAAAUCCAAGAGAUCUUUAACCAGUUCAAAAUCAUCUUAAGAAGCAAGAUUGACAACCAAAGACAAGCUAAUUUUAGUAGCAGCUGCCCCACCACUCGCAAGGAAGGCCUCAGCAGCCCCAUUUCCGGAAAAGACCUGGAAACCCUUUCGGGAUCUCGCAGCCAAGUGGCGGCUUCCGGCAAGGACCUGGAUGGGAAAGAAGGCCUGUUCCGUGACCAGGAGGCCUCCAGCCUUGACACGCAUCGCUCCGACUCGGCCCCCAGGGACGACAGCAGCCUGAGACCCAGUUCCCCGCCAACCAGGACGUCGGCCUUCGAGGACUUCAAGGGGGAGCGAGGCAGUGAGAUCAACCGCAUCUUCAAGGAGAACAAGGCCAUCCUGAACGAACGCAAGAGGAAACUCGGGGAGGUGACCCAGAGGAUCAACCUGGUCAAGCAGGAGAUGGACGUCACCCGCCAGGCCCUCGAGAUCCAGAAACUGGAGCGGGAGCAGCAGG